GAACAAUUCUUCUUCCAAAUAGUAGUAGUACAGUAAUUAUCUCCGAAAGAGAGAGGGAGAAAGGGGGAGAAAUUCAACAAGAAAAAAGAUAUCGAUUUUACAAAUUUACACCCAAUUUCAGCCCAGUUCAGGAAAGGAACCGAAAGGAACUUAUCUCCAUGUUCAUCUUUCGCGUUCCCAUGCAAGGAAUCGUGCCCCAGUGUAUUCUGUUUUAUAAAAUUAUUACAUUUACUUCCCUUUGAUAUCGGUUAUUUAUGGCACGGCUGAGGGAACGCGAAUGAGCGCGAACGUACCUUCGGAAGUACCGCACAUAACCAAGGAAGGAUGUCACUCCUUUUAAAUCACGCAGAAUCCGCCUAUCUGAACGAUAACGAAACGGAAAAUUUAUUUCUUUUCGAUGACGAAAGCGAAGAUUAUAAUUUUAAGUAUGUACCUGCAAAUCGUUUCAAGUACAUAGUAAAAGAUGUACGCAGACAGAGAUGUAGAGAGGAAGAGGAGAAUGUAUGGGCUUCUUUCGUCAAACAGCAGGAGUUAAAUGGUUACAAUAAAAAUGGCAUUCAACCGUCUAUACAAAGUAUUAAACAGCUGUUAGAUGAAGGUAUGAAGGAAGCAGACAAAGAACUUAAAAAAUUAGAGACUGAUAUUCUGCCUGAUAGAAUAAAAAAAGAGUGCGGCAAGAGUGGAAACAAUCAAAAGAAAAGACUAAAGGUAAAUAAUAUCAGGGACUACCCGAAGAAGAUAACUCCGAUUACAAAAGACACUGGAACAGGUAGCACCAAUUUACUGCUUACGAUUCCCGAAGAGGAGAAUGCUUCUGGUUUUUAUGAGAAAAAGCAAGAGCCCGAACAUUUUAAAUCAUACGUCAGGAGAGCUCGCUCCGGAAAUGCGAUAUCGCAAAAGAAGCAAUCUUCAUCGAAGCAGCUUCACCGUACGACUAAUGAUCUCGAAUACAAUUCCAGUCCUGAAAGUAGUGCACGAUGUCGCGACGACGUCGGAGAUGGAGUUAUUCACGUACGACCGGAUCCAUUUGUCAUGCACAAAAUUCUGACGAUGCAAAGGAAGGUUUGCGAGUUGCUGGAUGAAAUUGCAUUGAGACUGGGAAACAUUCCACCGCCGGAUGGCAUCAAAGAUCUGCAGAGGCGGCAGCAAUGCGUUGCCGAAUUCGCCGUACGAUUCUCCAGAAAUUAUCUGUACGAUCUCAAUCGAUACGUUAAGGACAUCCAGAGGCAUAUGUGCGUUAUAUCGCCACGAGCGAUAAUAAGACCGAAUCACCGAAGUCUCGGACUCCACAUGCAUGCGAUCGAACACAAACUACUCGCCGCUCAUCAACUGCUGCUGCAUGCAUUAGUUGCUUAUUGCAAGCACAUUCCUAGUUCUAUUCUCAAGGGGCAUCCAGGAAAAUUUAGAGAGAUAUUACAAGUAGUUAUCGAUCUAAAGACUAUGUGCGAUAGGCUCCAUUUAAACUAUCUCGAUUCGGGGGACACUGAUAUUUUGAUGCUGGGAAAGGAUAUUGAGAAAAAGUGUAAUAUCAUUUUGUUCAAGUUGAAGCUUCACGUAGAAAACGAUCUCCUUGAUCCUAAUAAAACGUCGUCGAUGGCAUCUUUCACUCCGCAUUCGUCGAAUAAAAAACGAUUGAACCGUAAACAGUUAUCUAAUCGUUUAAGUAUGUAUAGUAUGGAAAAUGCCAAAGCUGCCAAAAUUAAUUCUAAACAUAAAACAAAUUAUUAUCAAAAGGAUAAAAAAUCGAAUGCAAUAGAUACAAAUGUGAAAAGAAUUUCCAACGAGCCAAUAUCCAAUCAGUCAUAUAUCAGUCCUGUAACAUCAUCUAAGGAUGUAAAUCAAAUUAGCGUUAGAAAGAAUAGAAAGUAUGCAAAAGAGGAGGAUAUAAAAACUGUGAUGGAUAUGCUACCUACAGAUUCAGAUAAUUGCAGCAAUUUUGAAACACAAGAAAAACAUAAUGCGAUGCUCACAAGGAGAGUAACUAAAGCGUCGAGAAAAUUUUCCGAUAACUUGCCAGAUUCAAAACAAUCAGAAAGUAUAGAAAAUAUUGUUGAAAAUACUACCACAAAUAAGGAUGACGAAUUAAUGAAAAAAAUGACGACAAUCACGGAAGAACAUUUGUCCAGUUUAGUGCCAAUUAUAGCAGAUCUUAUGUCUUUUGUUUCUAAUAAGCAAAAUGAAUCAGAGCCAGUUUCGAAAACUACCACAAAAACACUAAUGGAAUUUCUGCAGAAAUAUCAAUCGCCUAAGAGCACGAAUAUCAGCUGUGAUAUAUGUCAUUCUGCUGUAGGAAGCAAUUGUGAAUGUGAACACUUGAAAAUAAGCAGAACUUUGGCUGAAACACAAAAGAAUGGCAAAAACAUGCGACUAAUUUGUAUGUCAUCAAUAGAGAAUGCAUCAAAAGUACCACGUUAUUGUGAUGCAUCGUGCCAAGCAAACUGUGAAAGCUUAACAGAACUGUCAGAUUUCGAAAUAAAGAUGAGGGAAGGAAAACGCAGGACAAAUUCGUUGAAUAACAUCGAGCUCGUUGUUUCUGAAGAGACUGAACUAAAUUUUCUAAAAUAUAGACGUGAAUAUCAACGUUUAAUGGAAUCGGUUCCAAUGUAUUCUAGCAACACACAAAACAAACCAUGGGACAUUGUCGCGUGGAUAUCCGAUAAGCUUGUAGAUGAAUUAAUAAUUGAGAUAUCAAAAGAAUUGCAAAUAGACGAUGUCAUACAGAAGUUAUUCGAGUUAGAAUUUCAAGAAUUUUAAUGCUAAUAAUGUGCAUCUCGUCUGUAUCAAAAUCUGAAAAAAAAAACACACAAAAAGGCACAAAAAGGAAUCGUAUAAGGAAUUUUGCAUGAAUUUGAGAUAUUUUUUAUACGUAUAAACUGAUCAAAAAU